AUGAUCGAAUCUUUUCCGUUUGUUCGUAUUACAGUUUUGGGAUCGUCUGGUUGCGGGAAAACGUCCCUGAUCCAUUCAUUCGUUAACAAUCUCUGCCCUCAUUAUCACAUACCAACAACAUUCCCAACAUUGUUCUAUCGCACUGUGCGUCUUCCUCCUGAAUCGGACCAAAAAGGCCAACCGACUUCUGUGUGCGUUGAAAUUGAAGAUACUGUUGCUCCAGAAGUUGCAGAAGAAGAAGAAGUGAUGUAUGUUGUCGUUCCUGAGGGUUGUACGGAUUUUACUCCAUUUUCAAUAUGGAAGGCUCCCAAGACACCAGUGACGAUGACGAGACCUGUAUACAUUCCACUGACCCAAGGUAGAAUGGCGUUCAUCAUUUUGUUUGACUCGAAUGAACAAGACUCGCUGGAUAAAGCUUGUCAAAUCCAUAGAAUGCUGAUGGAUGAUUUAGAACUCCAUAAAGUCCGAAUUCGCCCGUACAUUUAUUUUGUAGCAAACAAAAUUGAAAAAGAUCCCGAAGGAGAUGAACAUAAAGUUGUGAUCGCUGUUGCUGAAAAAUACACGUGA